GUCGAGUAAUAAAAGUGGUCGAGGUGUCACGGACGCUAGGCAUAUUGUACAAGCUGUUCGAGACUGGACAGUACCGUUCCGAGACAGAGAUGAAUUAUUUAACGAUAAUAGGACUCGUUACCUGCGUGAUUUACGUUUCUGCUGCCGACGUCCAAAAGGCGUUCGAGGAUGCGCGAAUCGUACCGGAAGUGAUAGACGUGGCCCCGGCGGAGAAGAUUCAGGUCAAAUACGGAAGCAAAGAGGUCGAUCUGGGAAAUGACUUCACGCCGAUGGAGACGCAAAAUAUUCCGGAGAUUCACUACAAGCACGAAGGAGGAGUCCUCUACACGCUCAUAAUGACGGAUCCCGACGUGCCGAUCCCGAAGAGGAAGGGAUAUAACCGAGAAUUUAAGCACUGGGUCGUCGGAAACAUUCCGGAGGAGAACGUCGCGAAGGGAGAGGUACUCGCGGAGUACGUCGGCCCGGCGCCGCCGAUAUUUUCAGGAAAACAUCGUUACGUCUUUCUAGUUUACAAGCAGAAUCAAGGGUCUAUUACUUUCGACGAGAGACGACUGAGCAACAGGGACGGACUCCUACGGUUGCGAUUCAACGUGAAGAAAUUCGCGGAGAAGUACAACCUGGAGGGGCCGAUAGCGGGGAAUUUCUUGAGGGCGGAGUACGACGACAACGUGCCUACGUUCUCAAAACUUCUAGGAUUUUAAUUCGAUUCGAUUUACGUCUACUGUCGGGUGGUGGUAUUGAUCGUACACAUAAAAUAUAAAUUAUUAUCGAUGGGCCGAGAAUUAUAACGGUGCCAGUACUCACAUAUGACUCUCGGGCCGAGAGACCGUUCAGGCUUCAAAUAAAUAAAGCGAAAUGCUCGCGAUUUUCAAAUCCA